AUGCGCCAAAUUUUGGCGAUUUUUUUGAUCUACGAGGCUGGUUUGAAAUGUAUUUAUGUGGAUUCAGCGAGCUGUGAUGCGAGUACUGUAGGUCAGUUUUUUUGGCGCCAGAAAAUAAUUUUCAAAAAAAUUCAAAUUAAUUUUUCCCGCCAUUUUUUUCUCAAAAAAAUUUGAAUUUCAAUUUUUCCCGCGGCAUUGAUUUUUUUUGUGGCGCCAAAACACAAAAUUUAAACAUUCCUACGUUUCAACAUUUUUUGCUUCAUCCCUAGUUACCAACGCGCAAAACUAGAGUCUAGUUUGAAAUUCGAAAAAAAAAAUUUAAUGGAUUUUUGGCGCCAAAAUUCAAAUAUUAAAUUUUGGCGGGAAAAAUAUAAAAUUUGAAUUUUCAAAAUUUUGGCGCGAGAAAAAAUUUUUGAAUUUUUUUUUUCAGGUCAAUCCUCUCUCCUUCCACUUUUUCAAAAUCAAUUGGGCUCCGCCGGAAGUUCAAACUACAAUCAUUUUCUAACCUCCUCGAGUUCCUAUAACUUCACAGUUUCAAAUUCGAGUUCUCAAAAAAUCUCACAAAUUUCUGGGCAAAUUAUAUCUGGAGCGAAUUCGAAUUGCUCCGCGGAUUGUUUGACUUCAGUUUCAGCCUAUUUUCAGCAAAAUGGGAAUAAUGGUAGGGAAAAUGAAUUAGGCUAUCUUGUAGAGCUUGAAAUUCUCCACAAAAUCCAUGUUUUCUAGAAUUAUUUGGAAUUUUCUGAAAAUCUGAAAAUCGGGUCUGAAAUUGAUGAAUUUUUCAAAAUUUUGAAAUUUCCAGUUUUUCUCUAUUUUCAGCCAAAUUUCAGAAAUUUUCAGAAAAAUUGAGUUAGGCUAACUUGUAGAGCUUGAAAUUCUCUACAAAAUCCAUAAUUUUUUUAAAAAUUUGGAAUUUUUGAAAUUCUGAAAAUCGGGUCUGAAAUUGACCUAUUUUUCAAAAUUUUGAAAUUUUCAGUUUUCCUCAAUUUUCAGCCGAAUUUCAGAAAUUUUCAGAAAAAUUGAGUUAGGCUAUCUUGUAGCCCUUGAAAUUCUCUACAAAAUCCAUGUUAUCUCAAAAAAAAAUUUUUUUUUUGAAGAUCUGAAAAUCAGGUCUGAAAUUGACCUAUUUUUCAAAUGUCGAAAUUUUUCAGUUUUUCUUGAUUUUCAGCCAAAUUUCAGAAUUUUCAGAAAAAUUGAGUUAGGCUAUCUUGAAGCCCUUGAAAUUCUCUACAAAAUCCAUGUUAUCUCAAAAAUUCUGAAAAUUUUGAAAAUCUGAAAAUCAGAUCUGAAAUUGACCUAUUUUUCAAAAUUUUCAAAAUUUUCCGUUUUUCUUGAUUUUCAGCCGAAUUUCAGAAAAAUGAGUUAGGCUAUCUUGUAGCCCUUGGAAUUCUCUACAAAAUCCAUUUUAUCUCAAAAAAUUUGGAAUUUUCUGAAAAUCUGAAAAUCUGAAAAUCAGGUCUGAAAUUGACCUAUUUUUCAAAAUUUUGAAAUUUGCAGUUUUUUCUUGAUUUUCAGCCAAAUUUCAGAAAUUUUCAGAUAAAUUGAGUUAGGCUAUCUUGAAGCCCUUGAAAUUCUCUACAAAAUCCAUGUUAUCUCAAAAAAUUCUGGAAUUUUCUGAAAAUCUGAAAAUCAGGUCUGAAAUUGACCUAUUUUUCAAAAUUUUCAAAAUUUUCCGUUUUUCUUGAUUUUCAGCCGAAUUUCAGAAAAAUGAGUUAGGCUAUCUUGAAGCCCUUGAAAUUCUCUACAAAAUCCAUGUUAUCUCAAAAAAUUCUGGAAUUUUCUGAAAAUCUGAAAAUCAGGUCUGAAAUUGACCUAUUUUUCAAAAUUUUGAAAUUUGCAGUUUUUUCUUGAUUUUCAGCCAAAUUUCAGAAAUUUUCAGAUAAAUUGAGUUAGGCUAUCUUGAAGCCCUUGAAAUUCUCUACAAAAUCCAUGUUAUCUCAAAAAAUUCUGGAAUUUUCUGAAAAUCUGAAAAUCAGGUCUGAAAUUGACCUAUUUUUCAAAAUUUUGAAAUUUGCAGUUUUUUCUUGAUUUUCAGCCAAAUUUCAGAAAUUUUCAGAUAAAUUGAGUUAGGCUAUCUUGAAGCCCUUGAAAUUCUCUACAAAAUCCAUGUUAUCUCAAAAAAUUCUGGAAUUUUCUGAAAAUCUGAAAAUCAGGUCUGAAAUUGACCUAUUUUUCAAAAUUUUGAAAUUUGCAGUUUUUUCUUGAUUUUCAGCCAAAUUUCAGAAAUUUUCAGAUAAAUUGAGUUAGGCUAUCUUGAAGCCCUUGAAAUUCUCUACAAAAUCCAUGUUAUCUCAAAAAAUUCUGGAAUUUUCUGAAAAUCUGAAAAUCAGGUCUGAAAUUGACCUAUUUUUCAAAAUUUUGAAAUUUGCAGUUUUUUCUUGAUUUUCAGCCAAAUUUCAGAAAUUUUCAGAUAAAUUGAGUUAGGCUAUCUUGAAGCCCUUGAAAUUCUCUACAAAAUCCAUGUUAUCUCAAAAAAUUCUGGAAUUUUCUGAAAAUCUGAAAAUCAGGUCUGAAAUUGACCUAUUUUUCAAAAUUUUGAAAUUUGCAGUUUUUUCUUGAUUUUCAGCCAAAUUUCAGAAAUUUUCAGAUAAAUUGAGUUAGGCUAUCUUGAAGCCCUUGAAAUUCUCUACAAAAUCCAUGUUAUCUCAAAAAAUUCUGGAAUUUUCUGAAAAUCUGAAAAUCAGGUUUGAAAUUGACACAAUUUUCAAAAUUUCGAAAAUUUCAGUUUUUCUUGAUUUUCAGCCAAAUUUCAGAAUUUUUAAGAAAAAUUAAGUUAGGCUAUCUUGAAGCCCUUGAAAUUCUCUACAAAAUCCAGUUGAUCUCAAAAAAUAGUGAAAUUUUUUAAAAGCUGAAAAUCGGGUCUGAAAUUGACCUAUUUUUCAAAUUGCGAAAUUUCAGUUUUUCAAGAUUUUCAGCCAAAUUUUGAAAUUUUCAGAAAAAUUGAGUUAGGCUAUCUUGUAGCCCUUGAAAUUCUCUACAAAAUCCAUGUUUUCCGGAAAAAUUUGGAAUUUUCUGAAAAUCUGAAAAUCAGGUCUGAAAUUGAGAAAUUUUUCAAAAUUUUGAAAUUUCAGGAUUUUCAGCCAAAUUCCAGAAAUUCUAGAAAUUUUCAGGUAUACCAUUUUGAAGCCCUUGAAAUCCUCUACAGUAACCCAUAGCUACAGUACCCCCCAACUACAGUAAUCCCCCAAUUUCCAGUCUCAAUUCUAAUGCUUCGUCCAUCCGACACUACACUCUAUCCAAACUACACUCUAGUCUCGGAUCAAACUACAUUCUAUUGUACUACGGUAUCGGGGUACUGUGGAGCCACGUUGGCACUGUAUCAGUAUAAAUCCAGUGUCUAUUUGGGUGAGUUGGUGGGCUACAGUAAUCCGGGGCAGCUACAGUAACCCAAGAUUUGGAUUUUUUGGACCUACAGUACCCCUCCACCUACAGUACCCCUAAAAUUCUUCCAGAUUACCUAGCUGAUCUGUCGGCCCCCACAAAUGGCUCCUAUACAGUAACCCUGACCGGCCUACCUUUGUGCUAUUUAUGGUCCCCAGAUAAUUCAACAACGACCACAUCUACAGUAACCACGACUACUGUAGCCACAACUACGGUAGCCUCAAAUACGACUACUGUAGCAAGUUCGAAUGGAACUACUGUAGCUUCGAAUGGGACUACUGUAGCUUCGAAUACAACUACAGUAGCCACAACUACAGUAUCCCCAUCAACGAACACAACAAGUUCAAGUUCAUCUGGCUCAAAUACAACUACAGUAACCACAACUACAGUAGCCACAACUACAGUAACCACCACAGGAUCAGCAUCUACAGUACCCUCAAAUGAGACGACUACAGUAUCCAGCAGCUCAGAUUCCAGCUCAGGAUGGUGGAAAAAUUGGCGCUGGCCAAUCAUCGCCGGCGCCAUUUUCUUGGGCGUCGCAAUUUCGCUGGGUCUCGUCGCGUUUCUGACGUGCGCCUUUAUUGGCGCCAAUUCGGUGGCCCCCAAAGCCUACACACCUCCGCCGAGCUACGAUUCACCCGGCCCACCACAACUACCGCCACAACCUAUCAUGGCACAACCCAUGGUCACACCGUUUACUGUGGGCAUUUGA